AUGGUGAUCGAACAAGACCAUAAGAUCAUCGACAUACUGGAUGUGACCGUUUCCACAGGUUGCGGACAAUGGAUAUGUUUCGCCAGCGGAGUGGGGGUAGCGGUCUACCUGUUUCAGGGGCCCCCGGACCAAACCGGUUCAGAGAAAGCGCUGACUUCUCUACGACGAGAUUCAAAGCUGCUGAAGUCACUUCACGAAAAGGAAGUGCUUCUGAAAAAGGAGCUAGACGCUCUGAAGGAGAAAAAGGAGUGCCGAUCCGCCCUUAUUCGUCACGGUCAGGCCACGCCGGAGAUUCUCAAAGAACUGGGUUUUGGAGAUGCUUUGGGAAAGACCAUCGAGGCAGCGGAGAAACGGCACGCUCCGGCGGCAGAAGCCGUAUUCAAGCAGUGGAUGCUGUUUUUAGAAGAGUUGAAGGCUUUUGCGAAGCGGUACGGUAUGGCCUCAGGCUUCCGUGCUAUUUGGGCGCUUGCGAAGGAGAGCAUUGGCAAGUAA